GCUCUGUAGAGGUUACCUGGUGCGCACACGGCCACCUGGGGAAGCGCAGUCCGCCGCCGCCGCCGCCUCCCAGUCGGAUAGCAUGGAUUUGCCGGAGCCCUGAACUUCAGCUGCCGGCAUCCGGCUCCUUCCCAAGACAACACGCCGGCGCAAGUUUCCAAAGUUUAACGGCUUGUGCUUUUUCGAAGAUGGAAGACCGGCCGCGGACCAUCAGCACGGCGAGCAGCACCUACACCGCGUCCUUCGGCUCGUCGGCCAGGAGCUGCGACCGGGCUUUCCUCAGGACCAUUCCCGGGCUCCUGAUGGUCGCCGAGAUUGUAUUUGGACUGCUGGUGUGGAUACUAAUAGCCAGUACAGAGUACUUCUCCGUCUCUGCCUUUGGUUGGGUGAUGUUUGUGGCUGUCUUUUAUUGGGUGCUCACAGUCUUCUUUUUAAUCUUCUACAUCACCAUGGUGUAUACGAAGAUUCCUCAGAUACCGUGGACAACGGUGGGUUUGAGUUUUAAUGCCAGUGCUGCUUUGUUGUACCUCUUAGCCUCAAUUGUGGAUGUGGUUUCUAUAAACCAAGCUAAAAAAGCUACGGACAACAACUGCUGGAUAGCCUCCACAGUUUUUGCUUUCAUGGUCACUCUCUGUUACUCUGGCAAUGCAUAUUUUAGCUUCCAGACCUGGAGGUCAAGGGACCAAGGGCCUUGAAUGGCUAAUAUUCCAAGGGAACAUGUUGGUAAAUAGAGGAAAUGUAGUGUGAACCAAGGAAAUGUAGUGUGAACCAAGGAAAUGUGGUGUGAACUAAGAAAUGUGAAGAUAUGUUAAUGUGCUUACUUGGUUCAGUGUCCAUUAUAAUUGUGUCUGUGAAAAGAUUUAUUUAUGAUACUGAAUGGAAUAUUUAAUUUUAGUUUUGUGCGGGUUGUAAAGAUAAACAUUUGGGUUUAUUUCUCUUCACUUUUCACCUCCUGUUCCCUUCUAGGGGCUCCUAUGUUUUUCUUGAGUUAUAAUUCCAUAGAGCUGCAGUAGUUAUCCACUUCUGUCCCACCAAGAUCAGCAAACUCACAACAAAAGUGACAUCUUAAUUAUAGCCAGAAAGUUACCAUUGAGUUAAAGGAAUUGGUUAUGACCUUUUAAAUGGAUGAAACGAUAAACAUUUUGCAUUCUGAAUUUAUGAUUUUGUAAAUCUGUUAUUGAUUAAUUUUAUUCUGAUGUGCUGCUUGAUUAAUAUUUAGAAUGUUUUAUGAUAUAUUGUGGCACACUGCUUGUUGCUUUGACUGUUAUAUUGCCAUGUUUUUGCAAAAUAUGAAAAAUUCCAUCCGUCUGUGAUUUAAAUGAAUAUGGUCAUAAAUAACAUCCUUAUCUAGCCUUCUGUUGUAAAGGCAUGAUAAUGCCCUCAAUGGUAUUUUCUCUAAUCUUGAAAGAAAGGUCAGGAUUAAAACAAAGGCUCUCAUUGUUCCUUUUAGAGAUUUACAUUGCAUAUUUAGAUAUUGUGGUACUGAAAGGGGUCAAUUGUAAGAUUGUUACCACCAUCCCUUUUAAAUUUACCUAAACUGAGAUUAUUGGGUAGUGAUCCUGUUUCCUGCCUUGUGAUUCUAUAAUAGGGAGGGACUUUACAACCCAAGGCUUUAAAGGACACAAUUGAUGUAGCAGAAAAAUAAAGUUGUCCACAUUUUAACAAACAAAUAAUACAAAGUGUUGCAUUUCAAUUGAAAUUACUUAGUUGAUUUGAAUGUUAUUAUAAAUGGAAGUCACUUUUGAUCAAAUGUUUAUUGAAUUGCUUUUAAAAUAAAAUGUAACAAUUAGUACUUGAUAGUACUGAUUUCAUAAGAUGCCCCUCUUUGAAAUUAUAACAACCAAAGCAAUCCUUUCCUAAUGCCUUUAAUGGUCCUCAAAGGUCCAAAAAUUUACUUUGUAUAUUUCUUUUUGAAACAAUACUAAAUGUCACAUUGUACAUUGAUCUUGAUUGUUGCAAGUUUUUU